CCUGAACCGAAGUAUUGAUUUCCUUAUUAACUGGUUUAUAAGGAUAAAAAAUUAAUUAUGUGGCAUCCUGUUUGGAAUUUGGGGGAUUUUUUAUGGACUACAUGAUUGUUGUAUUCACAUCAGAAGAAGGUCAUCUGUAUGAAGCCUAUAGUACACUGGUGAGCACGCUUGUGAAUAAUGAUGGGCUUGCCGUACGUAACUGUGACAAGUUCAUCUAGCAGUAGCAGCAGCAGCAUCAUCAUUAGCAACACUAACACAAUCUCCAAUAACACAACGGACAUCAUGCUGUUUGGGUGUAUUGGCAGCUUCGAGACUGUAGCUUGUGUGAGGAAUGCUGUACUGUCUUUCCUAGCAGUGAUAACUGCUCUGUUGUGUAUUAUAAAGGUGGUACGACUGCAUAUGCUGCGUCACCAGGCAUGUCACCAGUACAUAAUUUUUUACUGUGCUUCACUUGAGAGUGUUAUUGGUGGUGUGCACUGGGUGCUGGGCAGUAUUUCCCAGCUGGACUUCGUGCUGCAGUGGCUGAAGCUGGUCCAGUUUCUCGUCAUGUGUCACUACUACUGGACACUGGCCACCAGGGCUCUACGCAGAGAACGCUUUGCCAAGAGGUUUCUGCUACCGUUUCUGCUGCUGGUGUGUGCAUACUUCACAGUGAUCGCUACACUGGGGAUAAUUAACGUCCAGUCAACGUGGGUGGAAUGUCUACAGCCAUACUGGCUGGAGUUAUCAGCUGCUGAGUUUACUGUAGUGCAGCUAUUUGCCGUGGCCGGGUUUUACAUCACACGCAGACUCAACGAAAUCAGCAUGCUUGAUUCAGUACGCUGGGCACAGAAAAGAGACCUCUGGUGUAUCAUCAUUGUGUUUGAGAUUUCGGCCUUGGUGGGAUUUCUCUACGAUAUCACACUAAUCAUUGUUGGUGAUGAAAACAAGGGGUGCAGUUCAAUAUUUCUCUACACACAAGAACUGUAUUCUCCUAUCUUUGUUGUUUUUAUGGUGAUCAAACUGCUGGUUCCUAUCUGGGUGAUGCUGUUCGUGUUUCAACCUACACCUCCCGCUGCUGACCAAGAAGAUCUCCUGCCAGCAUUCAGUGAUGAUGGGACAUACACCUCUGUGUUCAGUGAUGACCAGCACUACCGCCAGCUGUACCACCCCACCGAGGACUACCGCAGCACUGAAGACAGCAGUCCAUCCCCCACCGCUGCAAUACAGACCUCAAUCAAUGCAAGCUCUGUUCGACGCAAUACGUCAAACCUUGAUCCCAUCAAAGAAGAGUCCGUCGAGAAGUCAUCCGUGUCGACAAGUCAGUCGUCAGAAACCAAGACCAAGUUCUAUAUUUAGUAUCCCAGAACAUUAGUCAAUCACAUUUGUUGAUCAUCAAGUUCUAUAUUUAGUAUCCCAUAACAUUAGCCAAUCACAUUUGUUGAUCAUCAAGUUCUAUAUUUAGUAUCCCAUAACAUUAGCCAAUCACAUUUGUUGAUCAUCAAGUUCUAUAUUUAGUAUCCAAUCACAUUUGUCUAUUAAGUUCUGUAUUUGGUAUCCAGUAACAUUUGUUCACUCAGUUUUGUAUUUAGUAUUUAAUUGCAUUUGUCAGCUAAGUGUUAUAUUUAUUAUUCAUCAUUUGUCGACUGAGUUCAGUAUUUAUUUUACCAUCAUGUUUUUAGCUCAUGGUAUGUACUUAGUAUUUAACCAGUUUAACUUGUGUUUCCCAUUUUAUUGGACUGCCAUGAAUAUCGGGGUUGGGGUGAAAGAUAAAAUGUGUGUGCUUUUGAAAGUAAUCACAUAGAUAUUCCAGCCAGGAAAAUGGUGAAUUACAGAACUAACAUGGUCGCCGUUACAAGAUCAUGUAGUUGUCAAUAUAAUAUAGAAUUUGAAACGGUUAUGAAAUAACACUUUGUUUAAGCACUUUUUUAUUUUUAAUGCAUGAUUUAGGACAAGAAAAUCACCUUUCAUUGUUCUUGAUUGUAUGUAUUUCUGACUAUUGAUUUUAGAGAAAAUAUUAAUUCUAAUCAUGUAAGUCCAAUGACUUACAAAUUGUUGCAAUCAGGAUUGCUAUAAACUAUUACAGAGUCAUUUGCCAUUCUUCAGAGAUGAAAUCUUGGGCCUGUGUUUAUAAAACUUUUAGAGUCCAGACUCAAUUUCCAGUGACGUCACAUGCGUACAAUUUGUAUGGCGUUGUCAUGACGUUACUGUCUCAGACUCUGUUAGAGUCUCGAGUCUAGACUCUAAAUGCUUUAUAAGCUCCAGGCCUGGGCCCUGGUUUUCAAAGCACAUUUAAAUUAACCCUGGGUCACUCUAUUAUUUACCUUACAAUUAUUGUCGCACAGAUACAAAAUAAACUUUAGAUUUGAUUAUGUAUGGAUACUUUUCAUUGUUCUAAAAUGAGUUUGAACAUUAUGUUUUCAAUUAUUAUUUGUAUUGAAUCAGUCCUUGGUUUUGAAACUUUCCUUUGACCAGUGGUUAAGCUAACUAACGUUGGCCCCUGGGUUCUUAUUUGUUUUACCUGUGGAAAAAAUGUUCCUGUCCUUGGUUUUGAUUUUAAAAAACCUCACAGUAACUCACUUUUGCAGAUAUGACAAAGUGUUCUAGAUUGUUUUGGUUCAGUACCAUUUUCAUCUCUGAUUCUGUAUGAUUAUGACUAAUUGACUGACUGUACACAUAAAAAAAAAAUGUAUUCCUUGUUUUUUUUAACAAGCACAUAAUAUAUAUAGUUUUGUAAGUUAGUGUAUUUAUCUGAACCAAGAGAUCCCUUGCUACUAAUGGAAAAAUGUAGCAGGUUUCCUCUCUUAGACUAUAUGUAAAAAUUACCAAAUGUUUGACAUCCAAUGGCUGAUGAUUAAUAAAUCAAUGUGUUUUAGUGAUGUUGUUAAACAAAACAAACUUUAACUGUGAACCAAGCAGUAAAACAAACAAGCCGUUCCUCAUAUCUAGUCUUUUUCUUUUUCUUUCAUGUUCCACAUUACUGAGUAUUAGGAUGGUGGGCCAUCAUUAUGACUGAAAAUGGAAUCAAAUUUUCAAUAAUCAAAGACAUAGCAAAAGCACAGACAAAAACAUAUAAACCCGUAUGUGAGUUUUUAUAUGUUUAAAAUUAAUUUUGAUGUUGCUGCAGCAAGCUUUUUAAUCCUGUGACUUUUUCUGUACUUGUCUUUUUGUACUUAUUACUAAAACAUGAUUUGUCUUUCCUAUAUUUUAAUACAUGAUUACUCAUAUCACUGACAUAGGACGUUGGGGGGGGGUGGGGGUGUGUGUGUGUGUGUGUGUGUGUGUGUCAAGUGGGACAUGUGCCCCCCCACCCUCCCCCCCCCCCACUUUUAUUG